GAACUUAGAUUAAAAAAAAGAAAAAAGAAAGGGAAAUUGGAAGCAGAAGCUGUCACUAUUCUUGCUUACUUUCACUUUGCUCCCUUUGCUAACUUUGCUUCGUGUGUAAGCUCAAAUCUUCUCGUUUCCACCUAUAAGCCUUCACUUCCAGUUUUAAACUAUACAUACAAGCUAUACAUACAUGGAGAAGAGCGAAGCAGCUGAGAAGCAGUGGAGAGUCUCCGACAUCACCAAUCCCAGUCCAAAUACUUCACUCAACUUGCCGCCGGCGCGUUCCCCCACCGACUCAUCUCUCUCGUCUUGCCGCUCAUCUCUCGACCACGCCGAUGCAUCGCAGCACCUCUCUUUACAACCCUCGCCCUCGCCGCCUCUUCAGUUUCACAACUCUCCUCCGACUUUCUCGCCGACUUUUUCGGCGGCUCCGAACCGGUCGGUUCCGGCCGAUCCGGUCACGGUUACGAAGCCACAGCGUGCUGCUAAAGAGACUAGCGGUGGAGUUAGUAGUAUAGGGACGAGGCGGAUGAAGACGACGUCGUCGUUUGGUUCGAGGAGGACGGUGAGUGAGUUGGUGGUGAAGAAGGCGGCGUUAGGGUUCAGGUUUUUUGGAUUCGUGUUUUGUUUGGUUUCAUUCUCGGUUAUGGCUGCUGAUCGGAAUAAAGGCUGGGCCGUUGAUUCCUUUAAUCGGUAUAUUGAAUUCAGGUACUGUAUUGCGGUGAAUGCCAUAGGAGUUUUCUACUCGGCUUUACAGGGACUAAAUCUAGCUUAUCAGUUAUCUUCUGGAAAACUAGUUUCAGGUUCUCAUCUCCGUUAUAUCUUUGAUUUCGCCUUUGAUCAGAUUCUGGCUUAUCUUCUGAUAUCAUCGUCAUCAUCAGCAGCCAUUCGUGUAGAUGACUGGCAAUCCAACUGGGGGGAAGAUAAGUUUACGAAUAUGGCAAGAGCUUCAGUGGUAGUUUCCUUCAUAGCAUUUGUGUCCUUAGCUGCUAACUCCAUGAUAUCUGGUUACACUCUAUGCACUUUAUAGCAUAUAUAUUUAUCAUUGCUGCCUAUAAUGAUCGAUCUGCUUCUGUAUCUUUGCCUACGAGAUUAGUGUUGUAAAACAAAAAAUGUCACGGGUAAUGUUGUAAGUUAUAUGCAUAUUUAUAAAUGCUUGUAUAUGUAUAUAUUUAUUGUCCGACUCUCUACGCCUGAAGAUACUUGAGUUGGAUGUUUCUUUGGCAAGUUGAGUAAGAUGUUGCAAAUGUAAAAUAUAAUAUUGUGGUUA